CGGCGGACAAUUUUACGGAUUCUUCGAACGCGCUCAUUGGCUGUUGCUAGGCUGCGUAGGUGUGCCUUUUUCUCUCUGCAAUAUGUCGCUUAACAGGAACCACCUGGAUGGCGGAGGUGCAAUGAUUAACAACAGCGAGAGUGUCCUUACAUCCUAUGAACAUGUAGAGCUCAUAUUAAGUGACAUGGAAAGCACCUCAGAGGCUUUCAGAGGCACCAAGAAAGGCAGAGUCAUUCUGACACCAUAUAGAGUGAUAUUUGUGUCCAGAGGGAGGGAUCCUAUGCAGUCGUUCAUGAUGCCUUUCUAUCUGAUGAAGGACUGUGAAAUUAAGCAGCCUGUAUUUGGAGUUAAUUUUAUUAAGGGUACUGUGAGAGCAGAGCCUGGAGGUGGCUGGGAAGGAUCUGCUACAUUUAAACUAAGCUUUCCUUCAGGUGGCGCUAUAGAAUUUGGCCAGCAGAUGCUUUAUGUGGCCUCUCAAGCCUCACAAGGAACCCCAAGUGUUGCCUACCCAUAUAUGCCCAAUGGAGGCUAUGUCGUCCCACCACCUGCAGCCAAUGGCAUCUACCCACCUCCACCUGCUGGCUAUCCUUAUCCACCACCACCCAGCGAGUUUUACACAGGAGCUGUUGCACAGGAUGGAUCCCUAACCUACAUGCACCCUCCACCUCCCCCUUAUCCUGGGCCUAUGGAGCCUCCCUCCGCCUGUGCACCUGAUCUGCCUUCAACUCCAGCAGAAGCCAAAGCUGCAGAAGCUGCUGCUAGUGGUUACUAUAGCCAACAGAACCCUCCACACUCCUAUAUGCCACCGGAUCUCCCUCCACCACCCCCUUACUUUCCACCAGAAGACAAGAAAAAACAAUAAAUCAUAUAUCUCCAGGCAUCCUGCUUUCUUCCUUUUAUUUCUUGGCCACAGGGGAUCUCCAUCUGUAAUAAAGAGUGAAGUCUCUGUUGUUUCUACCACUGCAGUUCUGUUUUUUCCUUUACACACAGUUAGUUAAAAAUCAAGCUACUUUCUAUCUAGAAGCUUGUUCUGACAACAACUGCUUAUUUAACUGCUCUGUUAAUGCUAACGUUUGCUGUUUGAUAAAUACAUUUAUGUUCCUUUAACAGUUCUUUGCAAAAAGCUUGUUUAAAGGGUCAGUCCAGUUUAGCAUGUUUUUACAAACUACUAGAAACCCCUCAAAGGGUAAGUGAAUCCAAACCCUUUUAGUUAUUUACACAGGUUAAGGUUAAGGAAUACAGUUGUCUGAAAUUCAAGUGCCUGGCUGCUCUCUUUCCCAUGGUCAACUAGAGGAGAAGGCAUGGACCAAACUAAAAGAGCUGCUUUUGACUUUUGCAUUCCAGCCAUGAAUGAAAAGCAAAAGCUUUAUCUACCAAAGUCAACAGCCUGCUUUACACUGCACAUAGAGAGUAAUGCAGUGGGAACCCACUUGACCUACAAACCCCUGCCCCAACGUGACCAUUGGAAAGAGAGCAGCCCACUUCUAUGGUCAAUCUCUAAUGCUUACCAGUUAUAUCAAGCUCGAUCUGGAUAAAUACCUCAGUAGCCCCCACAAGUUGCUUCUUUCUGGAAACUAUGCUUUCAGGAUGACACCAUAAUUUAACUGCUGUUUAAAGUAUAUAAAUAUAUAUGGUAUACAUACAAAAUAUUAUGUAAAAAUUAUUUAUUUUAAAGGAAUUAAGGUUGUUUUGAGAAUGUGUUUUGCAUAAAGAAUAAACAAAAGUUAUUGUAACUGA